AUGGAUCCCUUCACAGAUUUUUCUCCAGAGGACAUAGAAGCUACUUUAGGUGAUAAUUGUGAACUAGACUAUUUUUUAGAAGAAAAGGAUUUGUUCCCAGCCUUUCUAGAUCAGCUUUUUUCUGGCAAUUCUUUCUUCACUCCUGAAAACCUUUCCGGUCCUUGUAAGUCUUCUUCUUCAGGUGUCGACCGUAUUGAUGAUAUACUCCCUUUAUCAUCUAUGCCUGAACAACUUAAUGAUAAAUCACCAUGUACAUCAAAUCACAAGAAUAAGAUCCCUAGUUUAGCAGCAAGGAGAUUGCAAUAUAAGAAAAAUUUGCUAGCGGAGAAGAGGCGGCGAGAGACUCUUAACAAGCAAUUCAUUGCCCUGUCUACACUUCUUCCUGGCAUCACAAAGACGGACAGAAUUUCAAUCAUGGGAGAAGCUCUCAAAUACAUCAAUCAGCUGAAAGAAGAGAACAACAAAUUAAAGCAAUAUAAUGCAAAUCAAGCUGUGGUUAUGAAGAAGUCACAGGUUCAUGAAGAACAACACAGUUGUUCUAUCACUAAAAGUUCUUCUGUUUGCUCUGACGAACAGCUUCCUGAGAUUGAAGUCAGAAUGUAUGAAAAGAAAAUCCUUCUGACAAUCAGAUGUGAGAAAGAGAAAGAUGUCCUUGCAAACAUACUUUCUGAGAUUGAAAAGCUCAACUUGACUGUAAUUAGUGGUAACAUCAUGCCAUUUGUGGGAAUAACUUACGAGAUUAUCAUUGUUGCAGAGAUGGACAAUGAUUUCAGCAUCAGUCAGAAGAAUCUUGUUAAAAGACUUCAUUCAGCUCAUUUCCUUCAUAAGAAGCUAAAUUCAACAAUCAGAAAAAGGAAAAACAUACAUUUGAGAUGUGAACAACUCCCAAAGUGGGGUUCUUGCGGGGGCGGCACAAGUUAAUUACAUGUUAAUUUAAUUAGGGUAAAUUACCUCUUACACUUAUGUUGUUUGGUAC